UAUAUAUAACCACCCUUGUACACUUUCACUUGCUACACUUCGCCAAAUUUGUUCACAAUAAAUGGCUUCUGCAGCUACGAUCACCUCCAAGGAUGCGGAUAAGGUCCUCUCCAAGCUUCGAUCCGAGGUCGCCACCCUCAACCAAAUAAGUGGAAACGAGAAAUCUGGAUUCAUCGACCUGGUAAGCCGCUAUCUCAGUGGUGAUGCACAAGAGAUAGAGUGGAGUAAGAUCCGGACGCCAACUGAUAAGGUGGUGGUGCCUUAUGAUGCCUUAGCCCCUGUCCCUGAAGGUACGGCAGAGACUAGAAAGCUUCUGGACAAACUGGUGGUAUUAAAACUUAAUGGAGGCUUGGGAACUACAAUGGGUUGCACUGGUCCAAAAUCUGUUAUUGAAGUUCGUGACGGUUUGACAUUUCUUGACUUGAUUGUCAUUCAAAUUGAGAAACUCAACGCCAAAUAUGGAUGCAAUGUCCCUUUGCUUUUAAUGAACUCAUUCAACACACAUGAUGAUACAGAGAAGAUUGUGGAAAAGUACACCAAUUCAAGCAUUCAGAUUCUCACAUUUAACCAGAGCCAAUACCCUCGUAUUGUCACUCCAGAUUUCAGUCCACUCCCCUGCCAAGGAAAUACUGGAAAGGAUGCAUGGUAUCCUCCUGGUCAUGGAGAUGUCUUUCCUUCUUUGAAAAACAGUGGGAAGCUUGAUGCAUUGUUAUCUCAGGGCAAAGAGUAUGUCUUUGUUGCCAAUUCAGACAACCUGGGUGCCGUUGUUGAUUUGAAAAUUCUAAAUCAUCUUAUCAGGAACAAGAAUGAAUACUGCAUGGAGGUCACACCCAAGACACUUGCAGAUGUUAAAGGUGGUACUCUGAUAUCAUAUGAAGGGAAAGUACAGCUCCUGGAAAUAGCCCAAGUUCCUCAGCAACAUGUGAAUGAGUUUAAGUCAAUCGAGAAGUUCAAAAUUUUCAACACCAACAACUUGUGGAUCAACCUGCGGGCAAUCGACAGGCUUGUCAAGGGAGAUGCACUGAAGAUGGAGAUUAUUCCCAACCCAAAGGAAGUCAAUGGCGUCCAAGUUCUUCAACUUGAGACUGCUGCUGGGGCAGCAAUAAAGUUCUUUGACAAUGCCAUUGGAGUCAACGUUCCCCGCUCUCGAUUUCUUCCUGUGAAGGCUACUUCAGAUUUGCUUCUAGUCCAAUCGGAUCUCUAUACUUUGCAUGAUGGCUUUGUGAUCCGGAACCCCAGAAGGACCAAUCCUGCCAAUCCUACUAUCGAAUUGGGUCCUGAAUUCAAGAAGGUUGCCAAUUUCUUAAGCCGGUUUAAAUCUAUUCCUAGCAUCAUUGAACUUGAUAGCUUGAAGGUGACAGGUGAUGUUUGGUUUGGAGCUGGUGUAAUUCUCAAGGGCAAAGUGACUAUCACUGCUAAAUCUGGUUCAAAACUGGAAAUCCCCGACAGAGCUGUGAUCAUCAACAAGGAAAUCAAUUCCCCAAAAGAUAUAUAAGAGAGUUCCUCUCAUAAUCGUAUGGCGUUUGUUUUGUUUGUAACGUGUAGACUUUGAACUAAGAAGAAUAAAAGUCGUCGGAAUAAUAAAUAUAUAUUCGCCGAUUGAAAGGCGGAAAUCCCCAUUGUUAUGAAGGUUGUUUCCAUGUUUCAUUUCCGUGCAUAUGAGUUAAUAAAACAAUCGAAUUUAGUUAUACA